UUAACUGCUAGGUAGCUGGGUAUUACCGUCAAUACAUCAAAAUGGUUCUACCCUUCGCUCGCAGUUUCUGCAUUUAACGACUACAAACAUAUUUUACAUAGAACCUCCCAUUUUUGGACUUCCCAACAAUAACAAAAUCAAAACCAGGUGCGAAUUUCAGAAAACCCCCAAAAAUGAAACUCGUGCUAAAUCCCGAUCGCAUUUACCCGUUGACUUCGCCGGCGCCGGCGAAGCUCUCUGCCGCUAAAAUCACCAAACCGCCGCUCCUUCAAUUUACUCCGGCGAAACUCCACCGUCCAAUUCGCCGGAGAUACGGGCUAACCAUAAACGCCGUGAUGACCGAUUCGAUGAAAACGGAGGAUUAUUCCCUCAACGAAGAAGAUAGUGUCCGAAACCCUGCGCUAUCGACAACGUACCGACGUCCGGAUAUUCCGAGGCCUAAUCAGACGGUUCUAGAAGCUCAAGGUCGUGUUUGUACUGGUCCCACUCAGACCAAGCCUCUCACCGAAGAAAAAGCUAGAAAGGUUUUAGAUACUAUCUUAAAAUCAGCGAAGGGGGAACUCAAAGAUGAUGAUGAGGUUUCAAAAGCUCAACUUGGUGCCUUCUUUGCGGGAAUGACAAUCCGAGCCAAUGCCUUCCCUGAAGCUACCCAAUGGAAUGAAGGUGAAAGGCGUGCCAUGAAUGCUUUCUGGCCUGAGCUAGUUCGAACUCUUCCGAAAGAUGUAAUAUUUAUAGCUGAUCCAGAAGGAUCUAUAAUGGGUCUAGGAAGUUGUGUUGGACCACACUAUACAGGACAAGAUGCUAGGGAAAUGAGACUUGUUGGUGCCUUACGAGAAGUUCUUGCUGGAGGUCAUCUAGGAUUCGAGGAGGUUCAAGGCGUACUAAGAGAUGUUCUACCUCUAGAAUCUGAGGAUAAAUCAAGAGGGGUGAGCGAGUCAUUACUUUCAGCAUUUUUGAUAGGUCAGCGCAUGAACAGGGAAACAGAUCGAGAGCUUAAAGCGUAUUGUCUUGCGCUUGAUGAUGAAGUUGGUCCUCCUCCUGUUGCUGAUGUUGAAUCCUUGACCCAUUAUGGUGAACCUUAUGAUGGCAACACACGCUUUUUCAGGAGCACAUUAUUCGUAGCUGCUGUGAGAUCAUGUUAUGGUCAAUCAUCCUUGCUUCAUGGUGUGGACUGGAUGCCACCAAAGGGUGGUGUAACUGAAGAACAAAUGCUGCAAUUUAUGGGGGCUAAUACUCACUUGACGGCACUGCAGGCAAAACAACUUAUUGAGGAUGAAAAUGGGGGCUUUGCAUAUGUAAGUCUACGAGAAGUUCGUCCAUCUCUAUACUCAUUAAUUGGACUGAGAGAACACAUAAAGAAGCGUCCACCACUGGCAACAUCUGAAAAGGUUCAGCAGUUUGUCAGGGCUCGAGGAAAGGAAUCUAUUGUUGCAGGAUUUUAUCAUGAAGGAUAUGAAGAACCACUUUUAAUGCUUAUGAGAAGAAGAGGCAUCCAUGCUGGCUUAGUUGUCAAGGGUGAAGAAGGGGCACUGUCUAUGACAACCAGAUUGCGGCCCACAAAUACAUCAAAAGGACUUCCGGUCAAUUAUUGUUCUGGAUUUCGGUCAUCAGUCAAUGGAGCUGCAUUUGAAGCUGAUGGAGUCUCACGGGAGGCUUUCUGCAUGGAAGUGAAUGCAAAAGACUAUGGUUUUGAGCCCUCAGAUACUCCAAGGACUGAUAGAUUGGUGGCAAAGAACAUAGAGCUUGGUAUAGCAGCACUUCGUGGGGAGAAGGGCCCUGCGUAUGAUCGGAUUGUCUUAAAUGCAGGAAUUGUGGAUCACUUAUUAGGUUGCAGUGGUGCAGAAGAUAUUACAUCAGCUCUAGAUAGGGCUAGAGAGGCCAUUGACAGUGGUAACGCCUUGAAGAGGCUUCUAAAUUACAUCAAGAUUUCUCAUAAAGUGAAGUGAAAGGCUCUCUGGAGUGUUGUUUCUUUAUGUACAUCAAAGCCAAAUGUGUAAUUAUAUUCUUUCGUUGUUUAUCAUCUGUUUGAAGUCUGUCGGUUUGGGUAUUUUCUUUAAUUAGUGGUUUAGGUUCUACAUUUACAAAUUACAAUCUCUUUACAAGGCUGAAGAAUGUCAGGUUUUUUUUUGUUUUAUUUUUUCCUCUCAAUUUGGCGAGUCAGAAAUUUUGUUAAUGUAAUUUCUGUAGGAAAAGGGAACCUAAGUUUGGAAGUUGUAUAUUUGACAGUUGCAAUGACAUUUUUUCCAUGAGAACUGAGUACAA